AUGGCGGCGAAAGGACACAUCCCUCCGUAUGUGAAUACAGAGUGCUCCAUAGCGAGCAUCAACGUCACAAUCACUCUGGAGGAAGAGUUUCAGGGCGUGGUAUACGCUCGGGGGUUUCCCUUGGAGUGCCGAGCGCUUGGCUCGCGCGACAACACCAUCACCCUGCACCUUGCCGCAUCGGGCUGUGGAGUCCGUAUCACGCCCAACGCAGAUGGUGGUCUUCUCUACAGCGUCGUCGUCGAAAUUCAGAUGGCCAAACACCUUCAGCAGGUUUCGGACCCCGUAAUGCCCGUCUCCUGCGUCCUGUCAGAAGAUAAGAUGGUGCUGCAAUCUCAUGCCAUUAACAUCGAGAAGCCCAAGUCACGGAGUGGGCGAAUGAUGCAGGAGGAGGAUGAACCUAAGCCAAAAGCUUGGCUAGAGAUUCAAGGCUCAGCCAUGUCAAAUCCACAUCAACUCAACACUGUCAGUGUAGGAGAGCACACAACUAUUCUUGUCAAAACUUGGUUGCCAGAGAACAUCAGUGGGCAGGUAGUGGACUGCCUGGCCCACGAUGGUCUGGGAGAGACUUCUCAGGCUCUGGUCGACCCAGCAGGCUGCCCAGUGGAUGAGGUGUUAGUGCCCAGGCUCCACAAGUCCCAGGAACUUUCCCGCAGACAGAAUGGCUAUCAGUUCACAGUUCAAGCCACGUCUUUCCCCGCAUUCAAGUUUCCAGACAGAGAAUCUGUACACAUCCGUUGCGGAUUACAGUUGUGUCGACAAUACUGUCAAAAGGUGGACUGCACGUCAGAUCUGAGAUUUCAGCAUAGACACCAAAGGAGACUUAAGGGAGAAGAAGGAGAAGUAUUGGACUACAUUCAGUUGUUUAACAGUGUAGAAGUUUUGGCUCCUGGAAUCGAGAUGGAAAACAUGCACCAAAACAGUCACUUCCAAUCCUCAGAACAAGGCUCAUUCUCUGCAGACCUGCUCAGUGCGGAGUUCCACGAUCCCCCAUUCUGCCUGUCCGCGUCACGCAUGGCUCUGGUGUUUGCCGGACUGGGGAUGGUGUUCCUGGCAGCCGUGGCGGUGUCACUCUACGUGCUGCUGAGGAAUCGACUGUUGAAACAAGCGUACGCAGACAGCAGCCGACUGGUGUCUCGUGAUAGCCUGUCACUCAUCAUCGGUCAGAACAGUCGAAGCAGUCUCUCUGCCUGGUCGUAUGGCAGAAUUUAGUCGUUUUCCUCACUCGACAUAUUCAUUAUACUUCUUUCAGUUUUUCUACAUAAUUCACAAAAUCAACAAAUCCUUCAGUAAAAUAUCUAGUUGGUUUUAAGAAUUAUUUUUGCUGGUACUGAUUUAAAAAUCCACUGACCUUUUGAAAAGUUUGCAUGUUAUAUUACAUUGUUUUCUGCAAUACAAGUAUAUAUUACUUAAUUAACUUAACUAUUUACUUGAUAAGUUAUUUUUUGACUUAAAACGUUCACGACGACGUAUACCCCAAUGGGUACACGUGAUCUUUCAUACCUACCGUCAUGUCCCCAAUCGGGUAGACACCGGGCUUCUGUAAAGUGUGUAGUGCACCCGAUGGGGUACACUUUGGUAUGCAUUUUUAUUGUUUGCCUGUCUUGGUGGCGGGUUAAAUUUGAUCCCGUGCUGAAAUAAAUAACUCAGACUAUCGUGUACCCCGUCGGGUGCAUGAUUGCUUAAUUUUUAAGGUAAAUUAAAUUUCGAAGCCUACAUACCUUUUUUGUUAUAGUUAGACGUUUGACGAUUACGGUUUUUGCCAUUAUUAUUAUUGAAAAAUUUGUUGGGAAAUAAAAAAGUUCAGAGAAAUGCUGACGCCGUGUGAACGUGUUAAGAGGGCCACACAUUGUAAAAUUACUUCAUAAAAUGUAGAAUUUAAAUUUAAGUAAAUUUAAAAUUAUUGUUAAGAAUGCUUUAAUUUGUAGUUUUAUUUUUAUUUGUAAAAGCUCAAACUAAAGAAAAAUUAAUAUUCAAAAUUAUUAAAAUAACACAAAAAUUAAACAAAACAAUUUCAAUUCAGGCUACAAAGCUUGACACAGAACAUAAUUGGCACCUUCGUGUGAAGAUCUAGUUGAGGAACAUAAAUCUAGUUUGGUGCAAGGUGAAGUCUCUGAAGUCUAUGAACGAACAAUAACAUAGCAUGCCCUAUACAAAUAUUCAUUGUAUACGUAUUGAAAUGGUAGUGACAAGGGUACAAUUACAUGAGGAAGGGAGGAUGUUCAUGAUCAAAGCUGACCAACAUGUGUUCCAAUAGUGUUUUGGAAAUGUAUUAACAUAUUUUGGAAAGAUGCUCUCUGCCAGUGUUUGUAAUAGCAUUGUCUACUACUUUAUGUUUAAAGUUUUGAGAGUAUAUUGUUUCUGUAUCAACUUUGGUCAAUAAACAGAAAUAAAGUCCAAUUUUCACAGCUCAGUAAUUAUUUUUCAUACAAGAUUUAUAUUAAUAAUAAUUUUAUUAAUGAUAUUUUAAAAAUGUAAGCACUUUUGCUAUUUUGGAACAACCAGGUAGGUUUAGGUCCCUUGUUCUCAAAUAAAUGACCAAAUAUUAUUUUUAAUUUUGUGCCACAGAGCUUCAAAUAUUUUAUUUUCAUGUAAGCUAUCUACAAUCUCCUUUCUUUUCAUUAGAGUGAAAACUAUUUACUAACAAUUGUGCUUUGUUGAGGUCAAAAAGAUUAUCAAUUCCUGGUAUAAGAAAAAUGCCAGUUGUUUUGUGUAACCUUUUAACGGUUAGUAAAUGUAUUUUUAAUGUUCAAGUAUAACAUGAAACUUUUUGUUUGAUCAUUUCAUUCUUAUAACAUAAUAGUUUUUUCGUUCAGUUAAAAUUAGGCAAACAUUUAUGGGUGGGUGGUGACCAAAAUAACUGAGGAAGAAGCUUCUCACAGCACUCAUCCUUGGAAAGGCAUAUUUAUCAUAGUAAAGUAUGUCUUUUAUCAGGCAAAGUUAAGGCUAAGAAGCCCUCUCUAACACUUAACUUGGGGAAUAACGGCUUAAAGGUGACUUCCGAACCACCACCAAUGCCCGGGCAUGCAGACUGCUUGCAAGGACAGGAUCGCUCAGUGGUCACCCGUCCAAGCAGCAACCUCGCUUGACUUUUUUUUCUUUUUUUUAUCGUCAGGGAAAGAUACGAAUUGUCUCCGCAGUUAGUCCUAAAAGGACCUUUGCACCUCCCUUACUUAUACUUGUAUCCUCAGAAUCUGAGACUUUUACAGAAGCCGAUCAGAUUUGAGGGCUCCUGUUCUCUGAUGCCCUUGGGGCUGAGGAGAUACGCUCCCAAUUAUCUGAAUUUUUGAUAUGGCAGGACAGUUUAGCCAAAUAUGCUCCGCUGAUUCCUCCUCUUCUCCGCAGAGUAUACAUUCGUCAGUCUGGCUAAGGCCUACCCUCAUAAGAUGCUUCCUUUGGGGACCAUGUCCUGUCAACAUCCCUAAUAUCAUUCUUAUAUCCUCCUUAAUCUGAUCUAGGAGAAAUGCCCACCCUUUAGUAUAAGGAGAGAUAAACAUUUGAGAUUGUCUUAAUCCUGAAGCCCUACUCUAAUUAAAGUUUCUUAUCCUCUUUUUCCAAUCUUUUAUAAGAGCUUUUCUGUUGGAGAAAACUAUCCUGCAACCUAGCUCUGGCCCCACCAUAAUGGCUGCUCCCAUUUUGGUGAGGAUCUAUCCUCCACCUGAGUCAUCUAUCCUCUUGAUGUAACCUCUGUUGAUCCGAGGUUCCUGGAUUAGGGCGAUAUCCAGGCCUGUUGACAUAAACCUCCUUCCUAAGAUGUCGGUUGCGCCCUUGGAUGGUGAAGGUUUAUCUGUAUAAGGUGCAUACUUACGCCUUUUUACCACCUCCCCCUAGUGGUCCAUCCUCUUGGUUGUUUGGGGACACUGCCCCCUUUUUUCCCCUAGCCGAGACUGAUGGUUCUUUCAGAGAGGGUCCCUUCUUCAGGAAGAGGGAGCAAGUUGGUUUUUCUUUUUGGACUCCCGUGCUGGCUACAGAAGUAGACCUCUCAGUUGUUCAGAUUGCUCUGAUACCUUUUCGGUCUCUUCUACUUCCAUCUCCUCAGCGGUGUUCUUUUCUUUGGUGAUGGUCUCAGAUUUUUAUGAAGUCUCCUCCACCUUUUUUGGUUCCUCAGUUUCCCCUGGUGUUUCUUAACAGUGUUCUUCAGUCUUAACCGAAUUUUCUCAAACUUGUAGCUGAUCCAAGGACCCUCUUUUUAAGUUUUCUUGCUGUAGCGCAGUCAACUGACAGGUUAAGCAGCACUGAUUAUUUCCCUUGUCGCUUCUAAGCAGGACAUUCCAUUUCCCAACCGAUAGCUCUUUAUUUUGUGCCUUUAAGAACUUCAUAAUCUUAUCGGUGGUUUCAUUUGUGCUAUUUGAAAAAUAGACAGUCGUGAUUAUUGCACAAGGAAUUUCUCCCUCUGAUACAAUCCUCAGGCUUAAGGGGGUCUUGCUUUCCUUUCAGCCAUUCAGCGAUGUUGUUGUCUUCACAAGUUAAGAUCAGAGCUCCUUGUCUCCUGUUGAUCCCAUAGAAGCUUGGAGAGUUGGGACUCUCCUGUUCUUCCAUGAUCGCUUCCAGGAUGAAGUUCUGGGUAUCUUCCAUCUGUUCCGAUGAGAGUAGGGUUUCGUGAAAAUCAGAGUGUAAUUUUCCCACCCUUAUGCCAUUUACAGCUUGUUUGUAAUAAGGUUUUUGGAGUAGUGCAGAUUGCUCCUUUUGAAACCCCUGUCUCACUUCAUACUUUGUUUUCUUUCUCUGAUGGGCUACCGGAGUGGAGUGAUCUUUUUGGUUUUCCCUCUCUUUGUCUCUGUAGAACUUUGUUUUGAUUUUCCAGGAUUGGUUUUAAGGUCAAAUCCCUGGCUUCUUCUUGAGAGUAAUCUCUUCCAAAACCAUGCUAUUCGUUUGCUGGCGGCCCCACUCAAUUUAGGCAAUUCUGGGAACAGCCUUUCAGCUUUUGUUCCCUCUGCCUUUUAGUGGUCAUCCUCCAGUAUGGCAUUUUCCUCGCUUGACUUUGCUUGAUUCGGUUAUCUCGUGAUAACCGCCGUACCCGCUACACUGUACCAUCGGCAGUGAUGUUUUUAUAGUUAUAUUACUUUUUAUGCUCUACCAACAGUUAGUAGUUCAAGAGUUUUAAUUCCAAAAGAAUUAUUUAUAAGUACAGAAAAGUUUGACUAGUCAUCUACAUCCAACCCACAAAACACUUUAACAGUGGUGGUCAUUCAGAGUUGUGUGUUACAGGGAUAUCUGCCGUUUCAUGUAGAUAACUACUUAAACAAAUUUUAUUUUGAGGUCACACAGUAGAACAUAGUUCACUUUUUAUACAAAUUCAAAAUAAGUACAAGAACUACCUAUAAACUAAUACAGCUGCGAGUCAAUUCUAUAAAAAGUACCAAUUUGAAUUGAAAGAAAACACAAAUUUUUUGAAGAGUAUUUUUGUAUGAAAGUUCAAACCUUACACUCCUUUUGAACAUAGUAUUUACUACUUAACAUAGCGGACAAUCAGCUUAUUUAUGCCUUCUGCAAGUAAACACCCCGCCCGUGAAGAGCUAAGUGAUAACCUCAUUGGUCUGUCCUUCAUUGCACUGCCUAACCCAUCUGAAUCAUUCCAUCACUCAGUAAACUUUCACAGUAAAUCUAGAAAAUCUUCAAUGGAUUUUGGUUGCCUUUACAUUCUUUGCAUUCAAAAGCCAAAUAACAGACUGACCCUCAUUAUCCAUUGAACUAUCAAACCCACUUUCAGAUCAUUCCAUCACUCAUUGCACUUUCACAGUAAAUCUAAAUCUAGACGGAUUUCAGCUGCCUUGAAAUUCUUUGCAUUCAAAAACCAAACAACAUAUCAACUCUUAUGGUUGGCAUAAACACACAACACAAACACAAAACACAAUAUUAACCAGUCAUAAUCAUGACAGUGUAGUGUUGUUAAAUUUGAAAAACAAGGGCACAAGCACAGAAUGCCAACUGUAGGACAGUGGCGGCAAUGCAAUGAAGUUGUACUUGCUUUCCGGACGUACCUCAUGUAACAUUAUAAACUAUAAGUGGUAUUUAAUAAAAAUCUUUACUGCUCCUAACCACAUCAAUUCAUUAAUUAAAAGUAAAACAUAUUAUUUAACAGGCAAGCAAUCGCACCUGUGGGGGUUUCCUGCAAUUUAGGAAUUCGGUAAUAUGAUUUAUAUGCUUGAAAAGAAAACUGUGAUAAUUUGCUUUUGUACGAUAUUUUGCAUUGUGAAAAUAUUACAUUAGAUCAUACAGGAUUGUAAUAUUUUUUUAAUGUGGUGAGUUUUAUAUAGAGAUUAUUGAUAUUAGUAUAUUCUGGUAGAUAAUUAUUCAAACAAAUUAAAGGAUUUUCUAAGAAGAAUCCUUUUGCAGGAAAAUCACGAGUAACAGUAAAGUGCAUGUGAGCAAAUUGCAUUUACACAACUUGUUUUGUCCAGAAAGUGGAUGUGAUAUUUCAAGUAUUAACAAAGAAACAUAUAGAGUAUGACAGACUCAAUAAAGGCUUGCUAGUGUUUUAAUUAGACUCUUUUUACAGAUUUAUAUUUGUCCUCAGAUAUUUAUUUUUCUUACUGUUAAAAAUAGUACUGUCACAUAUCAUUUUAAGGACUGAAACUGGAAUCAGUAUUUUGGUUUUGGUACGGGUAUAAAAGAAAAGAUAAGCUUGUAAAUGUAUUCUAUUUUGAGAAUUAUUUACAAUUUUUUCUUUUCUCGUUAGUUUUAAGAAUAUACACUGGUAUGGGUUUACUUUAUGAAACUUAUCUGUGAUAGGUGCAUUUUAUAUCAUUAAAGAAAUCUAAGAAUUAAA